ACGAGCUAUCGGCGUUCGAAGGUAGCGAAGCAAAAAAACAUGCCCAAGGCCACGGGGAAAGACGGAAGCAACGACACGGCUACCGGGCCAUAGCAAGGCUGUCCCUCAGCAGCACCAUGGCAUUUUCUUUUAGCGAUCGUUUAGACUCUGAACAAGCCACUGAACCGGACAGCAGAGCACCCUGAUUCGUUUGGUCCCUGUAUUAGACACAGCGAUUGUCUGAGAAAAUGGGAUCCGCAGCGUGGCCAUGCAUCUUGUUAAUGUUUCUGCAGCUAAGCAGUCAACAACGUUGCGGUGUCACUGUAAACACUGCCACAGGGUGUUUAAAAGGGACAUUCGUCUCCACGAAAGCAGGACCAGUGCGUGCGUUUUUGGGUAUUCCUUAUGCGGAACCCCCAGUAGGCCCAGCUCGUUUCAAGAGAACCCAACCAAAAAGACCAUGGGCGGGUGUCCUUAACGCCAUGACCCUACCACCAAUGUGUCCUCAAAUGCCGUUGAACUUCAACAGCUACUACCUGGUUAAAGAAACUGAUCCAAUAGCCGAAGACUGUCUUUUCCUUAAUAUCUACGCUCCACCCACUAACGGCGCGUCAGGGAAGCCUGUUGUCGUUUAUAUUCACGGAGGCUUUUUUUCUUAUGGUGGUAUUUCAAUGAAGCUUCACGAUGCCUCUGAGCUGGCUGCCCGAGGAGAUCUUGUCGUGGUUACUGUCGCGUAUCGGCUAGGCGCCUUCGGAUUUCUUAACAUGGGGACUGAAGAUGCACCAGGCAACAUGGGCCUUCACGACCAGCUCCUUGCGCUUCGCUGGAUAAAACGCAACGCCAACGCUUUCGGUGGAGAUCCUGACCAAAUAACCUUGGUCGGUCAGAGUGCAGGAUCUUAUUCCGUCGGUGUUCACUUGGUGUCGCCUAGAAGCAGAGGGCUGUUCCGCCGUGCUAUCAUGCAGAGCGGAAGCCCUUUCACAAGUACGCUUGAGAACAGCAAGGAGCAGGCUCGUCACAGAGCACGUGUUCUGGUGGACACGCUAGGUUGCGGUUCACCGGAAAAGGACUCAAGAAGUUUCCAAACGACGGCGAGCUGCAUGCGAUCAAAGAAUGUCACAGAGAUUUUGAAUGCAACAGCAGGUUUCACAACCCAGGGACUCGAUGGUUUCUUCCCUGUAGUUGGAGAUGAUUUGAUACCUCUGAGACUAGGGAAGGCUCUGAAGAGCCGGAAGCUAAACGCACGUGAGCUGCUGGCCGGCCUUUCGUCAGCUGAAGGCGACGGACUCAUUGAUUUUGUGGCUAAGGGGUUCCGAGAUAACACUGAUGCUGCUGAUAUCACGAAGAGGACGAUGAUUUUUUUCGCCAAAGGUAUGAUGAUCACGCUGUUGGACCUGGAAUCUCAGUCGAUCAUCGAUCACUAUUUCGGAGGUCCGAAUGUCGGGGAUGGCAUCGAAGCCGUGCACGCUGCUGCUGACCUCCUAGGUGACAGCCAGCUGGGAUGUCCAACGCUAGGGUUUGCCAGAAGGUUUCUUGGUUCAGACACGACGGUCUUCAUGUACCAGUUCUCGCAACAGCCGUCAAGGAUCGGGUGGCCGACGUGGGUGCGCCCGACACAUGCGGACGAAAUUGCGUUUGCCUUGGGAUCAGUAUUUAAACUUGAAAGUGACGUCUCUGAAGAUGACGCCAAGGCUGCGGAGAACUUCAUGCAUAUUAUUUCUGCAUUCAGUCACACUGGAGUACCACGUGUCCCUGACAACACCACCUGGCCGAAGUUUGGUGAAGAACGUGAUUACAUGGAAAUUGGAAAAGAAGCCAACGUCAACAAAAAACACCUUCUUCAGUCUGUGUGCGACAUUUGGGAGGAACAAAAGCCCUAUGAAUGAAAUGACGGGAUAGAGCCUUGUUCUGAUAGCUUCUUGCGAGACAGUUGAGGCAAAGAAGACACGUCACGCUUCCUAAGGCCAUGAAUGGUGACAUGCUGUCUGAAACAGGGUGUUCUGUCAAAAUUUUGGAGUCCGUCCAAAUGCAGUAAACAUGCAGCGACAUAAAUCGCGUGUUCAUUUCCUCUUGUUAUUUCAGCCUGAGUUAGUCCGUUUGUCGAGGUUUGUUCGCUUGUUGUUCUUGACAUGAGCGCUUCCAUAUUUUUCUGUCAUUGCCAUUGCUGCUGCUAACCUCGUCAAGCUAGAAAACAACAAGCAAGAAAUAAACAAUCGACGUUUAUAGGUUAUACGGUUUAAAAUUUAUGAGUCCCCUGUGGUGAAGUGGAAGUUUCGCCUCCCGAUGAAUUGGAAUGACUCGAUCGGCUCUUCCUGCUACUCUUGCCUAGUCGGACACAGACACUGGUCUCAAAUAAAACAGCUUUGAGCUUGCUA